AUGCCAACAACAAAGUAUCUUGUAAAAUCCUCCCAAAUCAAUGAUUGGGGUAUGUUUACUGCAGAUGGCGAUCAAGUGGUUCAACUUGAAAUAUAUACCACAUGUGAUGUAUGGAAGUCUUCCAUUCCCAACAUGAGGCAGAGAGGAAUUUCUCCCAUGCAAAUCGCUUUGCAAAUGACGAACGAAAUUGUUCAGGGAGUGUUGGCUCGAGGGAACAAACACCUUUCUCAAAAGAAGAAACGAAAAGAUAAAUAUGAUGAACAAUAUGAAAAAGAGAAUAUUCAGGGAAAUGUCAUGAAUGAAGCCCAAACAUUGAAUCCUUAUUUUGAGGUUCAAGACUCAACAGUGAGAGAAAAUAUUUGUUAUUACUUGAUGAAGGAGUGGCUUUGUGGUGACAGUACUGCUUCCUUGGAAAAAUCAUGUAUUCAUUUAUACAAUUAUCAUUGCACCUCACCUUGUAAAAACAACAACAAUUCACAUUCUUCUCGUCGAACCAUUGAGGAAAAAGAAUCUUCUUCUCAAAAAGAAGGAGUACAAAAACCUCUGGAGGUGAAAGAGGAACCGUCAAUGAAAUCUGAGCAAAAAGGAUCAGAAUCGGAAAAUGCAGUUGAGAGCAACGAAGGAAAGGUUGAAGAAAAACACGAAGUUGACCGUUCUCAAAGUAGCCAGCAACCAAAGGAACAGCAACAAAUCGAUCAUCAGCAUCAAAAAGAAGCUACUCAAGAACAAAUUCGACAGGACGUCUUGCAAGAAAUUGAUAACAUUCAACACCGAAGGGAAGAGGAACCUAUCGAAAAUGUUAUUGAGAGACGUCUCCACGAUGAUUUUGAAAAUGUGAAAGAAGAGACGGAAGAAGAAUCAGGACAAGUUAUGGAGGGUCUCGAGGUUAUUGGUACUGGAAUUGAGGCUAAUAAGGUUGAGGGUGAACAAGAAGAAUUGAAAGCUAGUGAAGGAGAGGAGGAAGAUCUAGGAGGAGAAACAAAUGAUGAUCACUUACAGGAAGGUGACGGACUAAAUUCCAAUGAUGUCGAGCAAGACGACAAGUAUGAAAAUGGUUAUGAGGACGAACAGGAGCAUAAUCAAACUGAGGAGCCACUUGAUGAUGCACAUGAACACAUCCAUCAAGAGGAAGACGAAAUCAAGGCACCAACCGAAGAGGGACAAGUUGGGGAUGAAGAGCCUCCAAUACCUAUGCAAAAUGACAUUUCUGAGCAAGAACUCGAGGCAGUAGAAAAUUCUACUCAAGAUGAAGAGUGA